UGGAGUCAGCCGGCAUUACAGAAACCGAGGGAAGGCUUCUCUACUGGCCAGCGCAGUCCCCCGACCUCAACCCCAUUGAGCACAUGUGGGCGUACCUCAAGAAACAGCUUGCCAAGUACCCAACGCCGCCAAAAAGCUGUAAAGAACUGUGGGAAAGAAUAUCAGUAGAGUGGUACAGGAUUCCAGUCGACUAUUGCCGCACUUUGAUCAGGAGUAUGCUAAGGAGACUCAAGGCAUUCUAUAAGGCCAAGGGGAAGCAAACCAAGUAUUGAUCAUGCGUGCAUUCCUGAAAAGAGUAUUUUUUUAUGUGAAAAUAAAGUGAGCGGCCAUAACUGGAACGGUUGGUUAGAAAUAUCAAGAGUGAUGUUUCUCAGUAUCCACCAUUGCU